CUUUUGAAGUUUUUUAAGUAGUGAAGAGGCACACGUGAAGAGUGUGGACUCAAACAGGAAAACCUGGAGAAAAUCAGCAAAGAGCCAUCGAGAGCAUGAAGUGUGUUGCAGUUGUGCUGCUGAGUCUUCUCUCACUGGGACGUUGUGCCCCUUUGAGCAGCUGUGCCCCGCUGCUGAAACGGAUAUCCAUCAGCCCUGAAGAAAUGUUGGGAAAGUGGAUGUACAUCGGGGGGAGCUCAGACAUCCCAGGAAGCCGCUCCCUGGCCCACCUGAUGACCAGUGUCUGGGUGGAACUAUUCGUAACUUCCCAGAGCAACGUCCUGAAAUUCGUCCAGACUCAGAAAAUAUACGGCACAUGUUCCAGUUUAGCCUACAAUGUGAUCUUUGAAAACAGCACCAUGUUGAUCGAGCAACCUUUCUAUCUCAAAGAGAUCUACCUGUCGACUGAGUGCCCGGACUGUCUAGUAGCCCAUGAAGAUAUUGUCUCUGGAAAUAACGCUUUUAAAAGUCUUCUCAUGUUCAGCAGGAGCAGGAGCGUUUCACCUGCUGCACUGGAAAUGUUUAAGAAACAAGCAGAAUGUCUUGGGAUGCCACCACCGAUCAUAUUAAGCACAGACAACGAAAUGUGCCCAGACGACAUCCAGCCGUCCGAGGGGCUCAGUGCCCUUAACUCCUUGCUGGAGGCCAGGACGGGACACAGAGUUGCAAGAUUUCUGGAUACCAUUUUUGAUCUGUUUGUCAACUGAUUUAUUAUAAAUUUUUAUUUGUGAUGAAUGCAUUUUUACAUGGGAGAGCUGUAAUGAAAUUUAAGACAAAAUCUUAAUUUUCGUCAUUGAAAUUAGUGUCAC